UAAGAGACACGCUCCUGAAACAAGAACGAAAACUGACGGCCAAAACACGCACACACACAGAGACAACAACCACACAGGCGGAGGAGACCGGUCUGUACCUGAUCUCUUACCUGAUGAAGUGACACAGCUGGAUUCAGAGUGGACGCUUUUUUUUUUUCUUCCUUUCAGAGAAGGAUACCUUCAGGUUGUAAGAGAGGAGGUCAGGUAGAAAAAGCUGGUUGGACUUCACAGCCAGCAUGCUCCGGCAGUCUCUGAGCAUCUUGAAGCAGUUUGGCUCUACAGCGAGGACACAAGAUGCCACUGAACUUCUACAUGAAGACCUCGUUAUGGUGGAGCAGCGGGUGGAACCGGCCAAGAAGGCGGCACAGGUGCUGUACAAGAAGCUGCAUUGCUGCAUGCAGAGUCAGACGGGGCUGGAGACCGAAAAACGAAUGAAAAAGCUCCCUCUGAUGCUGCUGUCUAUCAGCAUGGCCGAAAGCCUCAAGGAUUUCGAUGCAGAGUCCUCUAUCAGGAAGGUGCUGGAGAUGUGCUGCUUCAUGGAGAAGAUGUUGGCCAACCUGCUGGCAGAGUUUGAGAUGAAAGUGGAGAAGGAAGUCCUGGAGCCGCUCAGCAAGCUCAGCGAGGAUGAUUUGCCAGAGAUCCUCAAGAACAAGAAGCAGUUUUCAAAGCUCACUACAGACUGGAACAAUGCAAAAACCAGGAGCCAGGCCAGCACUGGUCCCCAGGCAAAGCAGGAUGGUCUCAGGGAGGAAGUGGAGGAGGCUUGGAGGAAGCUGGAGAGCAUCAAGGACCAGUAUUCAGCAGAUUUGUAUUGCUUUGCAACUAAAGAAGAUGAUUACGCUAACUACUUCAUCCGUCUUCUCGAGCUGCAAGCAGAAUACCACAAAAGUUCCCACGAGUUCCUGGAGAAAAACAUAUGCGAGCUCAAAGAGAAUCACACCCAAAAAGGGCCACAGCCAAGCCUCUCUAACCAGAAGGUGUACGGGGAGCCUCUGCUCGCUCAUCUGUCUCUAAGCAGCAGAGAAAUCGCUGCACCCAUCCAGGAGUGUAUUCACAUGCUGCUGACAACGGGCAUGAGAGAGGAGGUAAGACUGACAGUGGUGAUCUCAACUCUCCUGCAGCAUCCAGAUGUGUUUUACAUGAGUCCUGAAUGUGUGACAGGAGCUUUGAAGUGUUACCUGAGAGAGCUCCCUGAACCUCUAAUGACCUUUGACCUCUACAGUGACUGGUUUAAAGCAGCAGGGGAAAAAGACAUGACAGAGAAGAUGGAUCAGUUCAAAGUCCUGCUGAAGAAACUGCCGCCUGAAAAUUACAACAACCUCAGGUACCUGGUCCAGUUCUUGUCUCUGUUGUCGGAGCAGCAGGCUGUAAACAAGAUGACCCCCAGCAACAUUGCCAUCGUCCUGGGGCCCAACCUGCUCUGGCCAAAAGCUGAAGGGGAAAUUGCUCUGUAUGACAUGGCGUCAGCUUCUUCAGUCCAGGUGGUGACGGUCAUUGAACCUCUUAUUCAGUACAGCUCCAAGCUCUUUCCUGAAGCUGUAUCCUUUGAGAUCCCUGAGCUUCCUGAGCUCCCAGACGCAACCCUGUCUGCCCCUGUUGCCCAGUGUGUGAUGUCACAGAAGGAUAAGCUGAGCAGAUCCAUGUCCUCUUCCUCUACUACCUCCUCCUGCUCCUCCUAUCACCUCCCUCUCUCCAAGACGAACAGUGAAACCUCUCAGGACAGUGGCGCCUUCUUCUUGGUAAAAUCCGGCUCUGUGAGUCGCGGCGGCACCACCACAUGGGCCAGCCCCGCAACCGAGACACCGUCUCCGAUCCAACAAAGCACGACACCCGGCAGCUCGGCCACCCUCGAUCCCAUUCUUGCCUUGACGGCAAACCUGAACCCGAGCCCGCCUCCCAGAGCCGUAGGGUCAACAUCGAGCUCAGGACCCACCCAGAAGCAGUGUUCAGAUCUGGAGCCAAUAAUGGAGGCGCCCCCAGACUCACCCAGAGCCUUGUUGAAGAUGUCUGUACCGUACAAACCAAAGAGAUCUUACAACGUCACCAAAGAUAACGAUCAGCCGACAGUUCAAUUCACCAAACCAAAACCCCAGUUGGCUCCUAAGCUCCAGGCCCCGCCAGCACCGCCACCUACCGCAGCUGCAGCAGCGGAUACUAAGACUCAGCCAACGCCAGCGCCUCGAGCCUGCCCCAAGAAGCCUCCGCCCAAAAAGCCUGGACUCAAAGCCCCAAACUGUCCUCCACCACUUCCUCCUCCAUCACAGGAAAAACAGGUUCCUUCUAUAGCACAGUGAGAAAAAUGAUGUAUGUGUGAAUUUUUCUUGUUGUUGUACAUCUUCAAAGAUGAAAGGUGUAAUGGCUGUUUAGUUAAAUACGGCUGAAAUAUUUGUGUGAUUUGUGUGACAUUACAUUUGCAUGUUGUACCAUUGCUAGUAUGUGUUGUGAUAUACCGACCAGUAUGUAUUUUGAGGUAAAGUGUUGCACCUUCAUUUGCGGUUGUUGUUUUUUUUUUUGUCUCCCCACUGUCCUGUAAUCAGUAUAGCCUAAUUUAUUUAUUCUUCCAAUAACAACUGUGCCACAUUUCCCAAAAUCCAAACUACAUGCAGGAAAGUGUUUCUGGUUGAAAAAGUAGCCAGACAUUCAAAACAAACCCCCAGUUUCUGUCUUCAGGGUGGAAUUCCCAUAUGUCUAUAUAUAUGUCUAUGAACUUAUAGUAUCCAUAUCGACUAAUAAAGAAUAAGAACAUUAUUUAAUGAAUGUUGAGGCUGAAUUGUGGGUUUUGAUUUGGAACUUUUCAGUUGUUAAUUGAUACUCCACCCCAAAAUCUCUCUUCCACAGAGCUGUGGUAAUCUUGAAUUCAUGUCAGAUACAACAAAGGGACCAAAAACAAUUCACUUUUUCAGGAUUUAUG